UCGAGGGGAAGAAGCAGCCAGCUUUCCCGAGCUAAAACCGACCAUACAGCGCGGGGAUCCUAGGUGUGAAAACGCAGACCUCUGAUCAGGCUACAGUGAGGUGGAUGGAGAGUGCUCCGAUGGAAACGGGGGUGGCGGUGGUCACCCAGCCGACCGUGGUCUCCUCCACGGCCCAGACUCCCGCGCCUGCCAGUCUGGGAGCCAGAGCCCGGGACAGGAGGAAGACCCCCGCCUUCCUGUCCAACCUGGGCAAGCCCACCUUGCGCGGCAUCCGGAAGUGCCCCCAGUGCGGGGUGUACAAUGGCACCCGCGGCCUGAGCUGCAAGAAUAAGGCCUGCGGUGCCGUCUUCCGGGACGGGGGCGCGGCGGGCGGGAGGGGGUUUAAGAAGGGUGGGGCCGAGGUGGUGCGCCUGGUGAUCGACGGCGGGGGGGGCGGAGACGGAGGGGGGAGCGGCGGCGGCGGUGGCGCGGGGGGGACGCAGGUGUUCUCCGUCCGGCAGAGGGGGCGGGGCCCCGAGCAGAGGGGGUUCGUGGAGCUAGCGCUGACGGACACGGCCAUCGCCACGGCAGACGGGACGGUACUGACCCGCGUCAGCGUCGGCCGCUGCUUCCUCCCCUCCUGCCGGCAGGGGCAGGGCCAGGCGCUGAGCGUGCCGCAGGGGCGGGGGGGCGAGGGCCCGGCCGACGCGCUGCCCCGCCCCCCGCAGCGGCCCGAGAGCCCCUGCGCGCACGUCAAGCAGGCCAUGGAGUGCCACGCCCAGGCCACGCCCCUCCCCCUCAAGAGCUCAGUGCUGGAGUCCCUGCAGGCCCCCGCUCAGGCCAAAGAGGACCUGUGGCAGCUCGCCACCGAGUCCCCGGGGCCGCUGGUCCAGCGCGUGUCCCGGGGCACCCUGGUGGUGAAGUGCCACGUCACUGACACUCACCCCCUGGGCCUGCUGCACCUCACUGUGGGCGCUCCUUCCGGGGGCGCCAGGGGCGAGGGUAGAAUUAGGGAGGGGCAGCCGGUGCACUUCCACUGUGCGUGCCAGGCCUCAAACGCCAAAAGAGGAUCGGGCGCGAGGGCGCAUGGGGACGCAGUGCCGGGAGAGGAGGGUCAGAGCAAGGUGAGGGACGCCGGGGUCAUGACCUCGCUGCUGGCUGACGCCCCCUCUCUCCCUCCACCCUACUCGUCCUGUGCCCCUGAGGUCUGCCUUCACUUCUACGCCUGCGUGUGCGCUUUCGCCAGCGACGAGAAGCUGGCCGCCGAGUUUGCCACCUUCCUCAACUAUGACGCCAACGGUCUGCAGGUGAACACUGACUGCACAGCGCUUUGUGCUGCCGGUCCCCAGCUGCUGACUGAGCCCAGCGCUCCUCACAGAUCCAAGAGAGUCCGCCUGGAGGAGACGGCCCCAGUGACGUCCUCCACCCUGGCUACCAGAGACAGUUUGCCCGCACCUCCACUGCGGAAAGGAGGCCACAGGAAGCAGCCCAUAUCCACCACGCUCAAGAGCCCAGGAAACAGCCAGCCGGUGGAUGAGACCCAUGUCUCCCUGCCCUUCCAGCAGUGGCUGGCCAGCGUCACGGAGAGGAUCCACCAGACCAUGCACUUCCAGUUCGAUGGAAAACCUGAGCCGCUGGUGUUCCACAUCCCUCAGGCCUUCUUCAACGCCCUACAACAGCGACUCUCCCUGGGGUCCAAGAAGAGGAGGCUGCCCAACUCCACCACAGCGUUCGUUAGGAACGAUGCCCUCCCGCUGGGAACCUUCUCCAAGUACACCUGGCACAUCACCAACCUGAUGCAGGUCAAGCGCAUAUUUGACACUCCAGAGCUGCCUCUGGAGUUGACCCAGAGUUUCGUGAAGAACCGCGACGGGUCCUUUUCGCCGUUCCGUUGCCCGGAAGCUCCUGUCGAGCCCAUUACUGAGGGGUGCGGCCGAGGUGAGAGGCCGCAGGCCAUUAGACCGCUGGAGCUGAGAACAUUCCUGAAAGUGGGGACCUCCACCUCAGAGCAGAAGGAACCCACUCCCUUUGUGAUCGAGUGGAUCCCGGACAUCCUGCCGCGGUCGCGGGUGGGGGAGCUGCGGAUCCGCUUCGAGUACGGCCACCAGCUCGGUGGCCAGCCCGACUUCUGCGACGGCGCAGCGGGGCGAGCGGGUGGGGCCGCGGGCUCGAGCUCGGGGGGCGGGGCCGGCGGAGGGGCAGCGGCGGCCGAGGCUGCCCAAUCCCUGCCCACACCCACCAUCGAGAUCCUUCGCGUCUCUGUCCCGUGAUCCCUUUCGUGGAGACGCGGAUCCUGUUUCUUCUAGCAGAACAGAGAGCAGGAAAUGGGAUAGAGAGAACGGAGGCAUCACAGAGACACAGGUGGAAAAACUGACCCUGGGAUUGGGCCAGGAUUGGCGACAGGUGGGCAAGUGUUCACAACCCCUCCGACCCCGACCUUCAUCACCGUGAUCAGACUAUUCAAGAUCCGUUACAUACCUCUGCAAGUCUGUGUGUGCUAUCUGUGUGUGCUUUUGUUAUUGUCUGGGUGGCAGCGUAGCAUAGUACUAAGGAGUAGGGAUGGUA